AUGACUGCAAAGAUGCUAAGGCGGAGGUUGGGAAAGGAUGGGCCCGAAGUGACCGCACCCGGACUCGGGUUGAUGUCCUUGAGCAUGGGUUAUGGAAAGCCUGGCAAUGAUGAAGAGAGGUUAGCAUUCUUGGACCGCGCAUGGGAACUGGGCUGCCGGACAUGGGAUACCGCGGAUGCGUAUGGUGACAACGAGGACUUGGUUGGCAAGUGGUUCAGUGAGGGCAAAAUCAACUAUAUCGGCAUCUCUGCAGCUUCAUCAGCGACGAUCCGCCGAGCCUGCUACAUCGCACCUGUGACUGCGGUCCAAGUCGAAUACAGUCCUUGGGCGACAGAUAUCGAGAACGAGGUUGGCACACACCUUCUGCAGACGUGUCGCGAGCUUGGCAUCGCCAUCGUCGCCUAUGCACCCCUAGGAAGGGGCUUCCUUACCGGCCAGAUCAAGUCCCCCGACGACUUUGAGAAGGGAGACGUUCGCAAGGGGCUCCCGAGAUUCAGCAAGGAGAACUUUGCCAAGAACCUGGCCAUCGUGGACAACUUCAGAAGCAUGGCCGCCAAGAAGGGCUGCAAGCCUGGCCAACUGGCACUCGCGUGGGUCAUGGCUCAGGGCGAGGACUUCAUCCCUAUCCCGGGCACGAAGAACAUCAAAUAUCUGGAGGAGAACGUGGGCGGGGCCGAGGUAGUGUUGUCAGAGGCGGAGGAGAAAGAGAUCAGGACAUGGGUUGCGAAUGUGGAGGGUGAGACAAAGACGCCUGGCAAUGUAUUGGAUUAUGGUGACACUCCUCACCUAUGA